AUGGCGAUAUCGGACAGCAUGGAGGAGCUGAUGUCCAGAUUUUGGUCCUGUGAGGAAGUAGGAACUGGUAAUAUCUACUCCCCAGAGGAAACGCGCUGUGAGGACCAGUAUGCACGCUCAGUUAGCCGCGCAGCGAACGGACGGUACACUGUUGGACUUCCUAAAAACGAACAAACCUGGGCUCAAUUGGGAGAGUCCAGAACGAUGGCCACCAGGCGUCUUCUAGGCCUGGAACGAAGACUUACUCAGGACGCAGCACUUCGUAAGCAAUACCAAGACUUCAUGAUGGAGUAUCUGGAGCUUGGUCACAUGAAGAAGGUGGAGGCGGGGCCAGCGAACGACUCCCCGCGGUGCUUCCUACCGCACCAUCCAGUAGUAAGAGAAGAAAGUACUACCACGAAGAAUGCGGCAGGUGAUGGUUGUAUCGGAUGUGGAAAGAUGUUCCGCCAGAUAGACAUGGCGCCGGAGGAUUCACCUUACCAGAGCAUUUUGUACCGCUUCAACCCUGAGGAGGAAAUCGCGACGUACGAACUUACGACGGUGACGUACGGUACAAAACCGGCACCGUUUCUCGCCACUCGUACACUAAAGCAGCUAGCUCAGGACGAGCAGCAACGGUUUCCACUAGCAGCUCAAGCAUUGGAAACGGACGUCUACAUGGACGAUGUCAUUUCUGGAGCAGAUGACGUCGCAACCGCUACCGAAUUGAGGGCACAACUGGACAGUUUGCUGGGUUCGGGAGGUUUCAAGCUACGGAAGUGGGCGUCCAACGAGCCAUCGGUACUACGUGGGGUAGCACGGGAGAAUCUAGCACUUCCUGACGAGAUCGAUUGGGAUCAAGAGGCGUCAGUCAACACUUUGGGUCUUAAAUGGCUGCCCAAAACUGAUUGCUUCAGGUUCAAGUUCAAAAAUCCAGCGGUGACGCCGGGACAACCUCUAACUAAGCAGCUGAUUUUGUCCAUCAUCGCAACCUUUUUUGAUCCCUUGGGACUCCUGGGCGCAUCUCUGGUUCUGCUGAAGAUGUUCAUGCAAAAACUGUGGACGUUGCAGCGAGUGGAUGGCACUCGGUACGAUUGGAAGGAUCCAUUGCCUCCUACGGUGGGUGAGGAAUGGCGGAAGCUAAGUCAACAUCUAGGCGUACUCAACAACAUCCGGAUUCCGAGAUGUACGGUAAUCAAGGGAGCAGUCGACAUCCAAAUUCACUGCUACACGGAUGCCUCGGAGAAGGCGUACGGGGCAUGUGUCUAUAUUCGGUCCAAGAAUGUAGAGCGGAAGCUAGCAAGGCGGCUACUAACAUCCAAAUCAAAAGUCGCACCUCUCAAACAACAACCUCUACCUCGCCUGGAGCUCAAUGGAUCGGAUCUGGGUGCAGAUUUGGUAGAGUGGGUCAUUCGAGUCUUUGGCAAACGGUUUCCAGUUUUUUUCUGGACGGACUCGACUUGCGUUCUUCUUUGGCUCAAGAAACCACCAAGCUACUGGCACACCUACGUCGGAAACAGGGUUGCUAGAAUUCAACGGAUUACGGAGGAACUUGAUGCUGUUUGGAACCACAUACCAGGUGUCAGCAACCCAGCUGAUCUCAUCUCACGUGGUGUUCCACCGGAAGAACUAGAAGGUAAUGAGAUGUGGGAGGAAGGUCCUGAUUGGGACGAUGAGGAGCCAAGCAGUUGGCCAGCGCAGCCUGAUCUGUCAGGAGAGGAAGCACCAGAAAGGCGACGUGUCGUGGUGGCAUGCGUUGCAACAGUCGAGUUCAUCGACAUUCUGCUCUCAAGAUUCUCCUCUUACAUCUCACUUAUUCGAGCUGUGGCCCUGGCGCGACGGUUCACCCGUCGUUUCAACAAGGAAGCGAAGCAAACGUAUGGAUACGUCACACUGAAGGAGCUGAGGGAAGCGGAAGGAGUCAUCGUCCGAUUAGUUCAAAGAACCACAUUUGCUGAGGAAAUCGAAGAUCUGUUAGCUGAGAAAUCAGUCUCUGCUCAUUCACGUUUACGCUGGUUCAACCCACACAUCGACGAAGCUGGUGUGCUUCGAGUUGGAGGACGUUUGCAACACUCGAAGGAACCGCCGGGGAGGAAACACCCUAUGGUUCUCCCGGCAAAGCACAGGUUUACAGAACUUCUUUUUAAAUACUACCACGUGCUACUGCUGCACGGUGGGCCCCAACUCGUGCUCACAUCGGUUCGAGCAAAGUAUUGGCCAUUAGGUGGCAAGGACCUUGUGCGACUGGUCAUUCAUAAAUGCAAGAAAUGUUACCUAGCAAAACCAACUUCUAUUCAGCAGCAGAUGGGAAAUCUGCCCAAGGCGAGGGUGACAGUGUCACGACCUUUCUCUCAAACCGGAGUGGACUAUUUUGGUCCGGUGUACGUGAAGGCUGGUCGAGGGCGUCAACCAACGAAGGCGUACGUGGCACUCUUCGUGUGCAUGGCUACAAAGGCAGUGCACAUGGAACUUGUCACCGAUCUGUCUACGGAAUGCUUUCUACAAGCACUUCGUAGAUUCAUUUCUCGGCGAAACCGUCCAACUGAUAUCUACAGUGACAACGGUACAAAUUUCGUCGGGGCUAAAAAUGUACUGGAGCAACUGUUGAAGCAGCUGAAGGAUGUCUCACAUCACGAGAAGAUCGCAAGGGUUUGCGAACUCGAAGGCAUCCGUUGGCACUUUAACCCACCCAGUGCACCACAUUUUGGAGGCCUGUGGGAGGCAGCGGUGCGGUCGGCCAAGCAUCACCUCCUGCGAGUUCUCGGCGAGAAUUCAGCAUCGUUUGAGGACUACAACACACUACUGACGCAGGUUGAAGCCUGCAUGAAUUCAAGGCCGCUUACUGCACUCUCCAACGAUCCUACAGACCUCGAACCACUUACACCUGGUCAUUUUCUGACCGGGGCAUCGCUGCAAGCCUUGCCGGAACCUGAUUACAGUCACAUCCCUGGGAAUCGACUGAACAGGUGGCAGAUGGUACAGCAGCAAACGCAGAACUUCUGGAAACGCUGGCGAUCGGAGUACCUUACGCAACUACAGAGCAGAACGAAGAACUGGCAGCAUCCUAAGAAAGUGGAGGUGGGCAAGCUGGUCGUCAUCGUUGACAACAACCAACCCCCAAUGCGGUGGAAAAUGGGUCGUAUCCAUGAGCUGCAUCCUGGUGAAGACGGUGUUGUGCGCGUCGUGACGGUCAAAACAGCAACAAAUCUCCUUCAACGUCCAGUUGCCAAACUUUGCAUCCUGCCAUCCCAAGAAGAAGACGAAGAAGAAUCUUCAGCUCAGCCAGAAGCAACAGCGGUUGAGGAGUAG